AUGGACGGCUCUCUGCUGCCGCUGCUCGCCGCGCUGCUCUCCGCCUGCUCGGUUGUCGGGGACCCGGAGGGACUCGCUCCCGUCGACGCAGCUCCGCCUUCGAAAAUAGGCAAGGAAGCCGGGGUCAAAACCCAACAGCCGCCCGCUGGAUCGGUGAUCGGGGCGGGGAUAGGAGGCAGCGCCACGGCCCACUUCCUGCGGCAGCACUUUGGUCCCGAGGUGCAGGUGGACGUGUUUGAGAAGGGUGAGGUCGGAGGUCGUCUCGCCACCGUGACCGUGAAUCACAAUGACUACGAGUCUGGAGGUUCCAUCAUUCACUCCCUGAACCUCCACAUGCAGGAGUUUGUCAAACAGCUUGGUAUGAAGUACCGCCGCAGCGUGGCAGGAAAGACGGCAGUGUUUAACGGCAAGGAGAUGAUUCUGGAGGAGACAGACUGGUACCUGCUGGACCUGUUCCGACUGUGGUGGCGCUACGGCAUCAGCUUCAUACGCAUGCAGAUGUGGGUGGAGGAAAUAAUGGAGAAAUUUAUGAGGAUUUACAAGUACCAGGCCCAUGGCUACGCCUUCAGCUCGGUGGAGGAGCUGCUGGACUCUCUGGGAGGGAGUGGUUUCAUCAACAUGACACGUAGGCCGCUCUCUGAUUCGCUGCUGGAGCUGGGCGUGUCACAGCGCUUCAUCGACGACGUGAUCGCACCCGUCAUGAGGGUCAACUACGGGCAGAACGUCAGCAUCCCAGCAUUCAUAGGUGCUGUGUCUUUAGCUGGUGCCCAGAACAACCAGUGGGCGGUGGAAGGAGGAAACAAGCUGGUGUGUUCUGGCCUGCUGAAGAUGGCUAACGCUAACCUGCUGCAGGCAGAAGUCAACACCAUCUCCCCCAUCCAGACAGGGGAGUCGCUCCAGUACCAGCUGAGCUUUACCACGGCAGCAGGAACAGGAUCAGAGCUGUAUGACAUCGUCGUGUUGGCGACGCCACUCCCUGCCAGUGUCGAGUCUGGAUUCCAGUUCCAGGGUUUCACGCCUCCCUUUGACCAGCUCCCCGGAAACUACCACAGCACUGUAGCGACCAUCGUCCACGGCUACCUCAACACCUCUUUCUUCGGCUUCCCCGACCCGCGCCUGUUCCCCUUCGCCAGCAUCUUGACAUCUGAGACCCCCGAUGUGUUCUUCAACAGCGUGGCGAGCGUUUGCCCCGUCAACAUCUCGUCAGGGUUCCGGCGUAAGCAGCCGCAAGAGGCUGGCGUCUAUAAAGUGUUCUCGCCACAGCAUCUGGAGAAGUCUCAGCUCAAAACACUCUUCAGGUCGUACUACUCGGUGCAGGAGACAGAGUGGCAGCCCUACUCUCACUACAGCAGCAGCCAGGGUCUGCCGCCUGUGGAGCUCCACCCCAACCUCUACUACCUCAACGGCAUUGAGUGGGCCGGCAGCGCCAUGGAGAUGAGCUCGGUGGCUGCCAAGAACAUCGCCCUGCUGGCCUACCACCGCUGGAACAGACAGGUGGACAUGUUGGACCAGAGAGAUCUGAUGCACAGAAUCAAGACGGAAUUAUGACCUGAAUGUCACGACACGCUUCAGUGAGGAUGCACAUCACUUCAGUGCUUGUGGAAGAAAGGGGGAGAGAUGGUUUCUGGGUAACUGCGCAUUCAAAAAAAAAAAGGUCUUCAGAGGGGCAAUGGGCUCCGAAGAGCUGAGAUCCAACCCAGGACCCUGUGCCAGAGUGGAUUUGAAUGGACCAGGGCAUGUGGGGGUAUCAGCUUUAUACAGAACCAGUAACAUGUUGUGGAUGCAAACAGAAAAACAACUCAGUAAAAGACAGUUUGAUUAUGCUAAUUGCAUCUUUUUUUUUUUACUGUGCCUGGGACACAUCAAAUAUAUGAGGCAUGUUGGCGUAUUGAUAAGUGAUUGGCUGGUGGUUGUUGUUGCUGCUGGCAGCUUUUCUCCAGGAAUAAAGGAAACCACCAGCUGAUAUUUAUCUCAGUAGAAAGUGAAUGCACUGGACGGAGAUUGUUUUCUUUAAGAGUUGCUGGUGCUCUGUAAUUUAAUAUUCCUGUUUGCACGUCAAGAGCUUUUGACACUCGUGGGCUGAAGACUCAAAAGAUGAGCGAGACACUUGAGCGGCUGCUUUUUGUCUGUGCUGCAGCAGCUAGCGAUUUAACUUGAGGCACAUAAACCAGCACUGACGUCUCAACAGACACAACUGACUGUCGGUACACAGGCGAUGUCAUUAAUCAUAUUUCAGUGGCAUUUUGGUAAAUUAAUAAAAAUUAUUAUUUAUUAUGACUCCCGGUAGUGGCCACUGGUGCUCUGCUCUGUUUGAGUAUUUCAUCAUCUCCCCUCUCCGCCUGCUUUAGUGGCCAAAAUCCUCUGGAAAAGAACAUGUCUUUCUUCGGGGGGGAUUCGAGCCAUCAAGCUCACUGCUGGUGGUCAUCAUGACACUUUCCGCUUUUUGUCUCAAUCCCUAAAGGCCAGUGGAGAUUCAUCCAUCCAUCCAUCCAUCAUUUAUUUAUACUGCUUUUCCUUUAAGGGAUACAGGGUCGCUGGAGCCAAUCCCAGUUGACAUUGGGCGAGAGGCGGGGCACACCCUGGAGGGACAACAUAUAGAGACACACAAUUAUUCACAUUCACACCUAUGGGCAAUUUCGACUCUCAAAUUAACCUAACCCACAAUCUGCAUGUUUUUGGAUUUGGGUAAGACUCCAGAUUAUCCCACGCAAACAGAAAGACCCCGGCCCAACCAGCAUUCAAAUAAAUACUUCUAAUAACCACCGUGCCGCCCUUGGUGGAAAUCUUGCUUAUAUUUAAUAAGGUCGGACCAACACAUGAAGAUAGAAAUAGUGUUUGAGAUAGUGUUGAAAAAUAUAUGGUGGCCUCAUAAGAAACCACCAACUGUUGUUUAUCUUCAAAACAUUUAGAGAAAUGCCUUAUUUUAUUUAUGUGUGGAUUUACUGUGGAUUUUGACUGAAAUGGAUUACUGGACUGUUCACAUUAAAAGGGCUUCGGUUGAUGGGUGUGAUUGUGAUAAGAAAACUCUUUGAAAUGAAAAUAAAAGCUUUUUUCUUCUUUUGUUCUGCACAGCUGACGUUUCACGGCUUUACUGUAUUUACAAAUGUAGAAAUGGUAUCCACUAGAUUCGAUGUCAGAGGAAAAGCAAAUAAACACAAUGAGCAUUGUGGAAACAUG